AUGAUGAAAGGAGUGUGGAAUGUGUUAAUAAUUGUUCUCUUAUUGUCCAAGCAAACGCCGGGCUUUGAUUCACAACCAAGGGGGCGGCUUGGUUUUCUCCCAGGAAAUUCGUUUGCCUUGUUCGAGAAGCCCGGCAGAAGAGAAAGGAAGAUCCAAGAGAAACGUGAAGAGUAUCAACUUCGAAAAAGGUUAUGGUUAGAACGUUAUGGGACAGUUGAAGCGCUACAGCAGACAUUUGGGGUGGCACCGCCGUUCGGUGACUUGUCCCCAGAGCAGACCCGACGACUUUAUCAUACGCUUCUGCCUCGUUCUUUGCUUGGAUUGUAUGAGAUGGGAGUGAUGAAACCUGAGGAACUGGCUCCACUGGCGUACAAUGCGAGAAUAGCUGCAAAAGAGUAUGCACGGUCAAGAUGUGUUUGGACCGCACGGCUCAUGACAACAGCCUUUGACAUUUACAGAGGUCGCCUAGGCAAGUCAUCCUCCAUGUCUUGGGAAGAGUUGUACAAGAAGUAUGAAGCUCAGAUCGUCGAAGAAGAGUGCAAUAGUGAAUUGAAUGGUAAUCAAUCUGACGACGAAGACUUGACCAUGAGAAUAUACCUUCGUAUUUUGGAGAAAAGCUGCUCAACAAACCAAGCAUUUGAUUCCAUGUUUCUAAAUGAAGAAGAGGACGAUGAAGAUAGUGGCUAUCUUGACUCUGUUGCCACAAAGCUAGAAGAUGAUGUCCGCUAUAUCUUAUUACCUCCCAACGAACGAGCUAAAGCAAAGAAAGUGAAGCGCCAGAUGGAAAAGGCCGAAGAGAAAAUGGCAGAGAAAAAAACAAAGAUUGAAAAGAAAGAACUUAGUAGGCAAAAGGCUGUGCGAAAGCGACUUCGACAAAAACGACGACUUAAGGCUGCAGAAGACAGCGAUCACGAGAUUCAACACGACAAGGCUACCACAGUAAAGAGCACGAAGAAGACUGUUGAGGAUUCGAACAGCAUGCCUUCGCAGCGUUGGACCAUUCUGAGGAUUCUUGCAGGAACACGUCGUAAGGAUAAAAAGAUCAGCAAAGAGAAAAUUUAA